CAAGCGCCUGCGUAAUGUCAACCACGCGUGCAAGUAUAUAGAGGGUGACUGCUCACCGCGAGCGUCACAUUGCAUCCCCGAACGUAUGUUCAUCAAGCUUUACUGAAGUUCGGAAUACUUGAGUGGCGGUCGGUGCACCCCAGAUCCAGGCCAACAGAUCAGCGCCUUCUUGAAGACACCGGGCUUCCUGCUUGAUAUCGAGGAUCGAUCGAGAUCCGAAGCAAUUCCGGAGACGAUAUCUUCGUCGAAAAGACGCCGGCGGGAACCGGAUAUCCGAAAGAUUCUUUUUUCGAAAACAUUUCUCGCAUGUCGUAAGUCGAGGUGCGGUAAGAACGUACAUCCGGCGACAGGAUCUAGGAUCACGCGCGAUUAAUAUGGGCAUCAGCUUCCUUCCGUUGAUCGUGCUAGCUAUAGUACCGAUUAUCACCGGUAAUUUUGGACAGCGUGUCAUGGGGAAGAGGAAUUCCGUGGGCAACGAUAUUGCUAAUGUCGAUUAUCCCGAUUACUCUGCCAAAUACGACGAUUAUCCGGUAAUAGUGCCAAAGAGGGCGGCGCUAUUGUUUGAUCAAUUGAUGGUAGCUCUACAAAAGGUCGUCGAUAAUCAGGGAAAAGGUGCGAUUGGAAGUAGAGGCGUAAGCAAAUCGUCAGCUCCACGUUUUAUAGCUAAUUCGGAAAUUCCUGGGACGGAUGACCAAACGAUGGAUUUACAACGACGCGGACAAGCCAAAGGUCAAGUUUAUUGGCGUUGUUAUUUCAAUGCUGUUACGUGCUUCAAGAGGAAGUGAUAAUGACCACGCCGCCGUCAAUUCUCCUCAAUCCCGAAGACCGAAAGAAAGUGCGCCAUUUCGUAUCAUUUUCUCGACUUAAUUGCAGUAACACGACAACGAGAUUGUAGCAGUGCUUUCCCCGGCUAGAGUGUCAAGUAAUUAAGUGAAGAUCAAGAACAUACAGUAACACAGAUUCGCGAAGUUACUCGUAUUUGUCGAAUGUUGAGUCAACGAUUCUCUUCUUCCGGCGCGCCAAACAAAUAUCUUUGUCCUUCUUCUCUCAGCGACUAUCACCGUCCUGUCUCCUCUAUUGCGGAUCACACAAGCGACACACGUAGAGAAAGAAUUACCUAUAUAUAUUUACUUUUUCUUUAUUAGCUUAUAAAGUAAAUGAAUGAAGGCCUAUUCCUAUUAAAUGACUUCUUCAAGCAUACCAAUUAAAAUGAAAUAGUUGGAUAUAAACCUAAAUCUUAUAAAGGUUUUCUUAGUUUCUGCUUUGUGCAAAUCGAUUACUCUUUUUGGGUGUUAUCCUUACUUUCUAUGUCCUACUAUUUUCUGUCUUUAAUGUUACUUGAUGAGCUUUAUUAAGGAAAAAAAAAAUAUACAAUUUUCAUAACGUUUUAUUGCUGAUAUAAAACGGAUGCUUUAUUUUGUAAACUUUAAAGAUUGAAACAUAUAAAUUUUCGCAUGGAUACUUUUUUUUUCUACGAUUGUGUAUCGCUAUGAAAUUGAAACGCAAUGAGGAACAUUAUUCACCCUAUGCCGGAAAAAUAAAAAUAUAGAACAAAAAACAUCAUUACUAACAUAAAUUCCAUAAAAAUUAAAUGCUGCAAGAAUACUCAGAAUAUAAUAUUAAUAAUAUUAUAAUAUAUUAAUUCCUUCUCUUCUUUAAUACUGUUAUAUAGUUGUCUCUCUGAAUCUUUUUAU